UUGCAAUAAACAAGCUCAAAUAAAGCAAGAAAGAAGAGAAUAAGAAAGAACCCUGUACGAGAAACAAAAAGAAGAGAAGGCUUGUUUGAUUUCUCAAUUAUACCAAGCAAAAUGAGAGCUUCUUCUGGUCAAGCUCUCUAUGUUCUCAUCGUAGCUCUUUUCAUUUCAAAUAUGGUUGAUGCUAACGAUGGGACAGAGUUGGUGGGAUGGAUGAUGCCACUGAGAUCUGCAGGAGGAAUAUGCGAAGGAAGAAUAGGUGAGUGCAUGGAUGAGGAAUUAGAGGAGUUGGAGGUUGACAAAAGGCGUAUAUUGGCCACGAGUCGGCGAUACAUCAGCUAUGGAGCAUUGCAGAGGAACAAUAUCCCUUGCUCUCGUCGUGGAGCUUCCUACUACAAUUGCCGUCCUGGUGCUCAGGCCAAUCCCUACUCCCGUGGCUGCAGUGCUAUUACUCGUUGCAGGCGUUAGGUU